AGUGAGGACUUGGGUCAUUGACUGUGAUGUUUUCUGAUCAUUACUUAAUUUGAUCUGUGCGAAUAACUGAGUUGGAUCGCUUGUUGACAAAAUGAAAGCCAUCAGUAUAUUCACUUGCUGUUUCCUGUACACCAUUUUGUGUACUUUGUCAAAAGCAGAUGUAAGAACCCAACGCUACACGAUGGAAGUUUCCCUUGACAACAAGAUGUCGAAUGUCAGCCUCAUGGCAAUGCAUCAUUCGGAAUCUCUCACUGAAUGUUCCGCUAUGUGUGGUCAACUUUGCGCAUGCUUUGGCUUUAAUCCCCAACAAAAGAAGUGUCGCAUUCAUCAGUCAUGCGACCCAGCAGACAUGACCAUUAAUGAAAAAGGAUGGAGGAAUUUUUAUCCUGACGUGCCUGGAGGUUGUAUGGAGAUUUUACGUAGACCAACAAUGCAAGAAAAUGUCCAUUAUCAGAACAAAAGUUGCAUGGAGAUUCUACAAAAUGACGCAUGCGUGAAAGGAAAAGAUGGGGUAUAUUCGAUAAAUGUCAAUAAUCAGAAAAAGAAUGUGUACUGUGAUAUGACUACCGAUGGAGGGGGCUGGACGGCUAUCCAAAAACGACAGGAUAAUUCUACAGACUUUUAUAGGACUUGGGCAGAUUACAAGAAAGGAUUUGGAGACCCAUCCACAAACUACUGGAUUGGAAACGAUGCAAUUCACUAUAUGACAAAGACAAAUCAGGAACUACGAUUGGAGCUGUUGAGUUUUGAUGACGAGAAAGUGUACGCCCUGUACUCCACAUUUCAGGUUGGAAACGAGAGCAGUAAAUACCAGCUAACAGUGUCGGGGUAUAAUGGAACAGCGGGAGACAGUUUGGGCAGGCACAAUGGAUGUCACUUCAGUACACAUGAUGAGGAUAACGACGUUCACAGUGGUAACUGUGCGGUAUACUGGCACGGAGCCUGGUGGUACUGGAGAUGUGGUACCUCCAACCUGAACGGUCAGUACGCCGGGUCCGCUGUGUCUGGUUCCAAAUACCCGUUCUGGUAUUAUUGGAAAUCUUCUACCGCAUUAAAGGCAACAGCUAUGCUGAUACGACUCAAGAAUUAACAUCAAUAUAUACCGUGUUUGACAGAUGACUGAGUCAUGUCCAGGAAUGACUUAUUUUCCAUCAGAUAUCCAUGAUGAAGAGGGAUAGUAACGGAUGGUUCAUAAAUAUCAAUAAAAUUAUCAGAAUGUUUACAAUCCAACUUCUUAUUUUAAAGCAGUGAACAAUAUCACUCUGUGUAGAAUGAUUGAGUUGUAUUCCUUUUUUAAGUAUAAAUCACUGAUUGUUAAGCUCUGACAAAUGAUCAACAUAUUCUAUGUACUACAUGAUCUGUAUUAUUUUGAUCAACACGUGAAUGUUUGUGGCGUAUCAUUAAUUGUCAUUAUAAAUGCUUGUACAUAGUGUAAACAUGUAUGUCAUUAAAUAGCUUCUUAAAGAAAUAGUUUGUAUUCCAGAUAAUAAUCAUCACAAAGACAUUUUAUUUUAAUAUAUACAAAUACCCAUCAUAAAGACAUCUUAUUUUAAUACAUGCACAUAUAUUUUGAUAUAGGCACCUGUUUUACAAUGUUAACAGUAAACUAACAUAACCCAAAUUCUGUAGAUAUACAAAACGGAUGCUAAAUUUUUUUUGGGGGGGGGGGGUAAUACCCCAGACAGUAUUUCUCUACACAACAUUGGCAUUUUCCUUUUUUUUUUUUCCUUUAGUGACUUUACAAAUUUUGAUGGUAUACAUAUUUUCAUGAAUGUUAUGCAGUUGUGAACAAUGCGCGGAUGAAUCUUAACUUUUACAGUUAAUAUAUUGUAACGUAUGCAAGAUGUUCCAUGAUGGGAAAUUUAUCAAUUGUUCAAAAAUGUCGUCUUAUUAAUGUUCAUUUAAUAUUGUGGGGUGAUGAAUGUCUUUCUGUAGAGAAAAAUAUAAUGCUUUGUGUUAGCUUUCAGAAAGAUAUUCGUGAGACUGGUUAUUCUAAUUUUGCUCCAAGUUAAUAUUCAAGCAAUAAAUAGUUUAACAAUGUAAGCGAUAAACAGUAUCAUAGUAUCAUGCUUUGUCUUUUUUACACAUAUAAAUAUCUGAAUAGUCGCUUAUAUAUUGUAUGGCAUUUAUAAUUGUAUGAUAUGUAUUUCUUAAAUAAAUCGCUUCUGUACAAGUUCAA